GUCACGAACAUCUUCCAGUUCGGAUGGUGGAGGUGUAAGCAGCGCGGGGGCGAGCUGACCCACUGGCAGAGGUGGGACGCCGCCUACUUCCUUGGAGCCGCCAUUCCCAUGAACUUGGGAAUGCCUCUAGCCGUGGUCCUCAUCUACAUCGGCGAAUGGGGCUACCCCGACUCCAAGAUGUGGCAUUCCGGCAGCUGGAUGCCCAACACCGUUCAUGGGAUCACCCUCUACAUCUUCAAGUG